UUUUGUAACUUCAAUAUCGACUUUGUACUUGAUUGUGAAUUUAGAUUGUGUAGGUAGUGGAUACAAACAGUAUUUUAUAAGCAUUAAGAAGUUUAGGUUUCGUUAAUUGGUUCAUACAAUUCAAGCUACACAUAAUGGGGUCAAGACAAUCGUUUUAUUCAUAAAAGUUGUCAAAAUAAUAGCAAGAAUACAGGUUUUGUAAUCAGAUGAUUGUUUGCAAUAACUAUUGAAAAUGGCAACUUUUGCUGAUUCUGUUCACCAAGAUUCAGAUUUAGUGAAUGACUGUGUUUGCUGCGCUUGCGAAAGUAGACAUUUUAAACAAAGUGCUGAUUACUUUUGUGGAACAUGUAUGGAGUUCUUCUGCGAAAGCUGCAUUUUUCAACAUGAUCAAUUAUAUGCAAACCAUUCUAAAUAUGGAAAGGAAAAAACAAGAAAAUGGCCUUUCGCAAACAAAAUGGAGGAAUUGCUUUGGAAAUGUGAUGUCCACAAUGACCAGAAACUGAACAUGUUUUGCCAGGACCACAGAAAGCUGUGCUGCUCUGCUUGCGUUCAGCUUAAUCACAGUCAGUGCACCAAUGUGGCUUUAAUUUCUGAGUCAGUCAAUAAGAAGUCGGUGGAUAUGCAACAGUUGUCAAUCGAUCCUCAAACUAUUAUUGAUGAACUUAAUAUGUUUAAAAGUACACAAGAGUCCAGCAUUCAGUUCGUGGAGGAAUCGUAUAGUGAAAAACUGCAAGAAAUCCGAGACAUGCGUGACAGAUUAAAUGCUUAUUUGGAUAAGAUAGAAAAAACAACAUUGAAAACACUGGGGGAAAUUAGGACCACAUUGCAAACCUCUCUCAAGAAAGAUGUUGACAACUGCAGUAGACUGAAAAAUGAAUUGCAACUACUUGGUGAAGCUGUACGGGGUAAAAGAAGAGGUAAAAGGGGGAGAGAGGGUAAAAAGAGCAAGAAAGAAAUUAAGUUCAUAGCAAGCAUAAAAUGUCGGGAUAAAAUACAAGAGGCUGAGACAUAUCUGAUGGAGAACUCAGUAAAGGUUCAUAGUUCAAUGAUAUUUCUGGCAAACAUUGACAUUGAGCAGUACUUGUCUGAAACAUCAGCUCUCGGGAAGAUUGUAGUUAUGAAACCAAACCAGGUAAUGACAGUGAAGAAGAAUGCGAAGUAUAACGUGGAAAUAUCGGGCGACAGACGUGAUUAUUGCUUAAUCAGAGGCAUUUGUAGCCUGCCUAGUGGCCAUGUCAUUCUUGUUGAUGAAGAUAAUAAAAAAGUUAAGCUGUUAGACCAGCAGUACAGUGUAGUCAGCCACUGUGAUAUUCCUGGCUAUGUACGCGACAUUUGCCUGAUUACAACCAGCGAGGUGGCUGUGACUGCUGUCAGUACUGAGUCUGUUGGCAAUAAUGUAAGUCUAGUACAGUUCAUCUCUGUGUUAAAUGGCCAGCUGAUAAAUGGGAGGAGGUUUCAGCUUAAACAUGAUGCUAAUAUUCCUAGCGGAAUUGCCCACCACCAUGGAGCGUUGUACGUCACCUCUGGCUCUGCCCUGUACCAUUACACUCUGGCUGGGACACUUGUAAAAAAGUUGUAUGAGGAUACAGGAUUUGGCAAUACAGUGGUAAAGUUUGCAAUCAGUCCUGCUGGGGACAGGAUUUACGUCAUCACCAAUGCUCUGCUCACACUGGCCAUGGAUGGCACGCUGAUAUCUACCUUCAUUGACCCAGAGCUACAAUGUGUACAGGGAAUUUAUGUUACACCUGCAGGGCACCUGCUUGUUUGGGGAUGCAUCUCCUAUUUUGGCUCUUCCUCUGCUGUCAUACAGGUGGAUCGUGAGGGAAAAGGGAAGCUGGCAACUCUGGUUUCACAAAGUGAUGAAAUAAAUAACCUAAUGUCUGUCUGCUGCAACUCAAAAAUGGACCAACUCAUUGUUGGACGAGAGCAUGACAACAGCAUUCUUGUUAUGGAACUCCAAUUCAAUAUGUAGAGACUAACUGACUCUGUAGAGCUGGGCAAGGCGUCUAUAAUCGGCCCGCUGUCCAUUUAACGGCUGUACGUUAUUGUAGAUAUAACAUAUAAUCGUGUUUUGUUCAACUUGUUUACAUAACAAGCUGUCUUUACUCUUAUUAAGAUACUUACUGACUCCGCAGAGCUUUGCAAGGCGUCUAUAAUCGGCACGCUGUCCAUUUAACGGCCUGAACGCUUUUUUAGGUCUAGUGCCGAUAAAAGACAUCGGGCCCAGCUCUGCUGUACGUUAUUGUAGAUAAAACAUAUAAUCGUGUUUUGUUCAACUUGUUUACAUAACAAGCUGUUUAUACUCUUAUUAAGACACUAACUGAAUCCGCAGAGCUUUGCAAGGCGUCUAUAAUCGGCCCGCUGUCCAUUUAAUGGCCCGAACGCUUUUUUAGGUCUAGGGCCGAUAAAAGACAACGGGCCCAGGCUCUGCUGUACGUUAUUGUAGAUAUAACAUAUAAUCGUGUUUUGUUCAACUUGUUUACAUAACAAGCUGUCUUUACUCUUAUUAAGACACUAACUGACUGUAGAGCUGGGCAAGGCGUCUAUAAUCGGCCCGCUGUCUAUUUAACGGCCCGAACGCUUUUUUGGGUCUAGGGCCGAUAAAAGACAUCGGGCCCAGCUCUGCUGUACGUUAUUGUAGAUAUAACAUAUAAUCGUGUUUUGUUUAACUUGUUUACAGAACAAGCUGUCUUUACUCUUAUUUUCAUUCAGAUGAUAACGCAAAUUAUGAUGUAUCUCUUGUGACGUAAUGUUUGUGACGCUACUACCGGUAACCGGUUUAAAGGGGCCUUUUUACAGAUUUUGGCAUUUAUUGAAGCUUGUCAUUAAAUGCUUUAUAUUGUUACAUUUAAACAGAGGACCUAAAAUCGCAAGUAAAAAACAAGAAUGCAAUUUAAAAAAAGGAAACAAAAGUAACCCUCAACUGGGCUCGAACCACUGACCCCUGGAGUCCUGGAGUAAAAAGUCUCAAGCUUAGACCACACGACCAUCCGUGCUCAUGCUAUUAGCGGAAGUAUUUUUUACUUAUAAAAGCAAUCCUCGUAGUUUCCCAAUAUAUAACGGCAACAACAGAACUUUCCAAAUUAUUCAGUCGUUUUGCGUUGCAACCAACGCUUUAUAAUUUUCAGGUUUUCAAAUCGUCAAAAGAUGCAUAUAAUGGAUAUUUUAGAGCACGGCAAAUGUUCAGUAUUACUAUUUCCUCACAAAUUUCAUAAAUAAAACGAACAUUUGCGAAUCUGAAACAACUUUUUUUAAUUUUGUCAAUUUAACAAAACGUGAAACGGCCCCUUUAAGCUAGACUCUCACAAUGUUUGGGAAUCUAUAAAGACAUGUUGUUUUACGAUAAUAUAAAUAACAUAAACACAUCCGAAACAUAUAUUGAAAUGUGUGUUUGUAAUACAUAAUUGAAAACUGCAAAUCGGAAUUCAAUAAAUCGCUACAACCAGUCAUUCGGAGACUGAGAGUUCUGUUGUUGUCGUUAUAUUUUGUGAGACUACGAGGAUUGCUUAUAUUAAGUAUAACAUGCAUCACUCAUUGUAUGAGCAAGGAUGGACGAGUGGUCUAAUCGUUAGGCUUUUAAUCCAGGGUCCAGUGGUUCGAGCCCAGUUGAGGGUUACUUUCUUCUUUCUUUAAUUGUAUUCUUGUUUUUUUUUACUGGAGCUUUUUAAAUUCAAUGUUUACAUUUAUCAAUAUAAAGUAUUUACAAACUUCAAUAUCUCACAAAAUCUUUUAAAAUGUACCUUUAAAAAAAAUAUGGCUGCCAUGGCAUGUUACAGUUGAACUUACAAUUUUGGCAAAAGUGCAACUUUUUAAAGCAACAUAAUGUUGCUUUUUGUACAUAUGAUUAGAGCUACUAUUAUAGUUGUAACUAGUAUUGUGUGAUGCUGUGUAGUUACUAUCUUUCAUGAUGAUUAUUAUUAUUUUAGUACCAUAUGUUCACUGUUUUCGUUCUUAACCUAACCAAUUAAACUUUCAAAUUAAUUGAUUACAAAAAUAUGUAUAGAACUCUUGCAAGAUUCAUUUAGCUAGACUAUUUCCCGAAAAGUCUUAGCUAUGUUCCUCGCCCAAAAUGUCGGCCUCGGCAUCCAAGUAAUGCUCUGAUAAAGGUAAACGUGAAACAUCACCCUAUCACUGUUCCAACUCAAGGUUUUCAAUUAAAAAAAACCUUAAACAUGUGUUCGGGGUCAUUGAGCGAGGUAACUGAUCAAGUUUCUAUAACUCCAACCUGCAAUGAAGCCGAAUAAUGGCCAUGUUUAGAAAUUUGGUUAAGGUAAACAUGCAACAUAUCUCUAGAUUUACUACAGAUAUUGACAUAACACGUUACAUAUGUAUUCAUGGUUUUAAUUAAGGGACCUUUUCAUGUUUUGGUUUAAUGACAAAAUUGAAAAAAAAAGAUUUGCAAAUGGUUGUUGUUGUUCUGAUAUCUGCGAGGAAACAGUAAUAUCGAACAUUUGCCAUGCUCUAAAAUAUCCAUUAUAUGCAUCUUUUGACGAUUUAAACACCUCAAAAUUAUCAAGCUUACAAACGCGAAACGACAGAAAAAAUUGGAGAGUUCUGGUAUUAUUAUAUUUAGUGUCAUGACGAGAAUUGCUUGUAUUAAGUAUAAAAUACAUCACCCUAUGUGACUUGAUGAAGAUGCUCAAAUCUGUUAUAUAUAUAUUUCUAUCUAAUUAUGUCUUCCUAUGUCACACAACACUAUAUAUCAAGGACCACAAUGGAAAUGAUUGUUUUUCAAACGCUUGUUUGUGUCAUUCCUUGAUAUAUAAUGAUGGUUGUCAUGGCUCCACUUAUGUAUUUGCUUAAGUCAUGCAUGUUUCUUUCUUACUUAAGUACAUGUGUGUGUUAUACUUGAAUUGCCAUGUAUUCUGACAUCAUAUAUUGAAAUAAAUAAAUCAAUCAAUCAA